AUGGCUUUUCCAUACAAAAAGAUACUCCUUAUCGGAGCCACUUCGGGCAUCGGUCGUGCCUUAGGUGCCAGUCUGAUCCAACAUGGCCGCUUUGUAAUUGCAGUCGGUCGGCGGCAGGAAAAUCUUGAUCGCUUUGUCCAAGAACAUGGCACGGAGAAUGCAGCCGGCAUUCAGUUUGAUAUCAACAAGCUGAAUGAAAUCCCACAGUUCGUGAAAAGUGUCACUUCGUCCCAUCCGGAUCUGGACUGCGUCUUCGUCAACUCGGGAAUGCAACGGCGGUCGGUCUUCACAGAACCGGAAUCAAUCUCUAUCGAUGAGAUCCAGGCCGAGAUGACUGUCAAUUAUAUCUCUUACGUCUCACUGACGAAAGAGUUCCUGCCGUUUUUCAUGGCUAAAGAGAACUCACCGACUUCGUUUAUAUUCACCUCGUCGAAUCUUGCCCUGGUUCCGAUCCUUCGCUGCUCCAACUACUGCGCUUCAAAGGCUGCACUUCACCAGUGGGUCUUGCAAAUCACUAAUCGUGGGUUUUCUGUAGCCGAACUACAUGAUGAAAAGAACCAACCUGAUAUGGCCCACAUGCGUGGUCGGGCCUUUGGUAUCCCCGUCGACCAAUUCACUACAGAGGCGAUGAAGAAGCUUUUGGCCGGCGACGACCAGAUCCCCGUAGGAUUAUCUACCAUUGCUUUCGACAGCUGGGAGCAGCAGCGCCAGCAAGCUUUCCAUAGGGUGGUGGAAAUGAUGAGGAAGGGCGAGUCCUGA